AUGCACGCGACUCAGACGACUCAGGCAGGCGUCACAGGGACGGCUGACAGCAGUCGAUUAGAUCCCUGCGGGCCCUCGGGGCUGAAGCCCUCGCUUGUGGCGAAAGCGAUUCCUUCGGCCGCGAGGCAGGGGGCAGGGUUGGCAGCGGAGGGGCCGUUGCUGGAUGGGAAAACCACUCUUUUUCUUCCCUCCGGCCGUCAGUCGCCCUCCCCUCUACUGCUCCCGCCAUCCCCCAUGCUGCGGCAGCAGCAAGCAAUUCAACCGCUGCCCGCCGCACAGAACGAGCAGCCGCUGGUGCCCCGAUCAGCGGCUCUUCCUCGUCCGUCUGUCGUCGUGUCCGCGCCGUCGCAGCCCCGCGUGCAGAGCGGCGCCGUCGGCGGGUGCGAGCCCACAUCGCACGGCGGAGCGCACUCAACGGCGGGCCCGUCCGCGGGCAAGAAGCGCCGCCACCUUGUGGACGAGCCGCCGGGGCUGUGGCUGGGUGACGAGUGCGACGCUGCCACGUGUACGUCGGACCGGUCGGGCAGCCCGUGUGGCGUGUGCGCGGCGAGCGUGCUGGUGGUGCAGGGCGACCGCGGGUGGCGCGAGGGCGGGGCCGCCGUGGAGGCGCGGGUGGUGGGCGACGAGGAGGGCGGGGCGAGCGUGCACGUGCUCGCCGUGCUGCUGCGCGGCCACGCGCGCUUCUCGUACCGCCCGGAGCAGGCGGGGGCGACGGGCAGCAGCAACCGGGUGACAGGCGCCAUCAUGUGGCGGCCCCCCGACGCCGACGCGGGCAGCAACGCGGCCUCGUGGGCGCUGGAGUUCGCGGAGAGGAAGGAGUGGCGAAGGUUCCAGCAGUUGCACGACUCAUGCGCCCAGCGCAACAGCCGCGGUGUGUCAGCGCGUCGCAUCCCCAUCCCCGGCGUGCGCGUCGUGCCCUGGCGCUGGCGCCUGCGCGGCUCCUCCGCGUGCGCGGCCAGCAGCAGCGCCAGCAGCGACAGCGUGGCAGGGCCUGUGGACGGUGCGGAGGCGGGUGAGGGGCGCGAGGCGUUCGCCCCCCCGGCGGGGUACAUCCGCGGCGUGGACGAGGCGGAGCGCGUGCGCCCGGGCAGCCACCACGUGGUGUACGACCUCGACUCCGACGACGAGCGCUUCCUCUCCGCGCUCCCCCGCACCCUCCGCUGUGCAGGGUUGGAGGGGCAGGCAGGGGGGGAGGGGCAGGCAGGGGGGAAUGGGCAGGCAGGGGCAGAGACGGCGGGUCAAAGGGUUGAGAGUGGCGCGUGUGAGGGCAGAGGGAGUGAUGGGAGAGUGGCGGGAGGAGCGUUGGCGAUGAGCGAGGGGCAGGUGGCGGUGAGCGAGGGGCAGGUGGAGAGGGUGAUGGACCGGCUGGAGAAGGAGGCCUUCGCUGCGCGCUCGCUGCUCUCCGAGGCGCACGCCCUGCGCUGCUGCGCGCACCUGGCGCCGCCAGGCGCCGUGCGCGCCGUCUUCCACCACUGGCGCGCCAAGCGCGCCCGCAAGGGCACCGCCCUCUGCCGCCACUUCCAGCGCGCGCCAUGGGAGGUGUAUCAGGCGCAGGUGAAGGAGUGGCAGCGGCAGCUGCAGCUGCUGCAAGCCCGCGAGGCCACGCCCCUCGCUCCGUCUCCCUCGCCGUGGGCCCCGGGGCAGCCGGCAGGAGGUGCGGAGGCAGCAGCGGAGCAGAGGGCGGGCGAGGGAGCGGGGAUGGGUGGCAUGGUGAGGCAGGGGGAGAGUGGUGUCGCGCUGCAGAGCACACCAAACGACCACUCGCAGCAGCAGCAAGCGGAGGGAGGGGAGCAGCAGCAUGAGGGAGGAGCGGGGCGUGCGGUAGCAGGGCAGCAGGGGCAGGUAUCACCUGGUGCAGCAGUCACACACGAGCAGCGGGAUUCCCACGGCCAGCACGUACCCAGCACGGCAGCACCAGGUGCCGAGGCAGCAGCAGGUUUAUCCACUCCUGCUCGCCUUCCAAGAAGCCCGGCCGCCUCCUCUCCUUUCCCCUCACCCAUUCCCUUUGGCACGCCCAUCACCCCCAUCACCCCCGGCCCUGGCAGUGCAGCGCAGCAGCGCGUGCCCGCCAUCCCCCGCCCGCCUCUCUUUGCCUUCUGCCUGCAGCCGCGCGCCCACGCGCGCAGGGCCCCCUUCCCCUCGCGCCCGCGCUCCACCAAGCGCGCGCCGGCCUCCGCGGAGCACGUGGCAGGCGCAUGGGGCGGCGCUGCUGCGGAGAGUGCGGAGGGCAGCCCGCGGGUGGUGGGCGUGGCGACGCGCGCAGAGGCGCUCCCCGUGGGCGAGGCGCAGCAGUGUGGGCGGCGAGAGGGCGCGGAGGGGUUGGUGGCGGCCAAAAGGCAGCGACGCGUGGUGUGCCUCGCAGGCCAUGAGGGGGUGAGUGCGCCGCAUGGAGACCUAUCUCGCGCGCACCCCUCGUCUGCGCGCCCCUCGCCCACUGCAUGGCCUCGCCUCACCACCACCUCGCCGCGGUCGCCCCUCCCCUUCGCCUUUCGCCUGAGCCCGCGCCUCAACACCCCCCUGGAGCCUGCACACCUGGAUGCCACUCCACAGGCACUGCCGUCGGCGCAGCAGCAGGUGUACGGUGGGGGCGAGGGGGGGAUGAGGCAGUUGCUGAGGCAGCAGCAGGCGAGGCACGCAAGGGGGCGGGCAGCGUGGGGCGUGCAGCUGACGGGCAGCGCGGGGUUGAGCGGGGCAGGCGGGGAUGAAGCAGCAGCGCGCACGCCACUGCACGGCGCUGCUGCAGGGCCCCUUGCGCUGCCCGCUGCCUCCGCAGCGCAGCACCAACCGCGCGGCGUUCCCGUGGUGGCUGCAGGGCUGCGUGGCGUCGCCACUGCUGCUCGCGCCCAGAGCGGCCCUCCUCCACACGCAGCUGUGGGGGAUACAGGGGCCGGACAGCCGUGGGAGCAUGCGAGAGGCGGCAGCGGAGGCGGCAGCACUUGCGGCGAGGAUGAGGCGCAGCAGAAGAGAGGAAUGGCGGGCGUGCGGUCAGAGCUGCUGUCGCUGGCACACGCGCGCCCACCAGCCAGUGCAACCGUGCAGGCACAUGCGGCUGCUGCGGCGGCGCUUGGGCAGUGGGCGCAGGCGCGGGCGGUGUUGGUGCUGCAGCAGACACAGCAGCAUGUGGGGUGGGCAGGGCAGGUGGAGGAGGGGGCAGGCAAGGCAGGUCGUACACAAGGUCGCGGAGACAGCUCUUUGAGUGGCGCAGAGGUGCAGGCAGUGGGUCACGAGGCACAGGCGCUCGCAGGCAGCAGCAGGGGGGGCAGGCGGGUGGUGGGUCACAGGUUGCCCCGGGUGAGCAGACUAGCGGCGCCUGCGAUGCGUGGAGCAGAUGGUGGGCGCGAGGCGGGUGCAGUGGGUGCACAGGAGCUGGGAUAUGCUGGGACGGGUGCUGAAGAUGAGUGGGGCAGCAAGGUUGGGAGAGAGGCGGGAGCAGAGAGGGGUGGCGAUGCUGUGAUGAGUGGAGGAGCGGAGGAUGGGGCGGGUGGAGGGGCGGGCAAGGGCCCGGUGGUGUACCAGCGCAAGCGACAGCGGUCGUGGCGAGCAGCAGGCAGUGGGGGGCAGGCGGGCAGCGCUGCUGCCUGGCGCCUUGGCAGGCCCAGCAUGGGCGGUGUGUCCCCUGCCCGCCUGCUCCUGCCCGUGCCCCUCACAGCCUCGCCGCUCCUCCUUGAGCCCCACUUGCCCUCGCCUCGUUCCGCUCGCCCUCCAGCCGUGCGCCCGUCUGCAGCACAGGACCCAGCAUGUGGACCAUCAAAUAGAGAGGCGCAGCGGCAAGGGGUGGAGGCGCAAGGGGUGGAGGCGCAAGGGGUGGAGGCGCAAGGGGUGGAGGCGGAGGUGGUGGCGGCAAGGGCGAGGGCAAGGAGUGCAAGGGCGAGGGCGGGUGCAGCGAGGGCGAGGGCGAGCGAGCUGCAGCAGGUGGCUGAUGCGGCGCUGGAGCGCGCCUGCCAUCACAUGGCUCUCCUCCGUGCCGCUCUAGCCCUGCCCUCCGCCAUACCCUCUCCCAUGGCCCCUGCCAUGCCCCCUGCCAUGCCCCCUGUUCCUCCCCACCACCUCCUUGAUGCCACUCAUCCACCAGCCGCCCUGCCAGCCGUCACUGCAUGUGCUGGACCGUCCCUAUCACCUCCUGCUUCUGCUCCUGCUGCUCCUGCGGCUGCUCCUGCUGCUGCUUCUGCUGCUGCUGCUGCUCCUGCUGCUCCUGCUGCUGCUGCUCCUGCUCCUGCUGCUGCUGCUGCUGCUGUUGCUGAUGCUGCUACUUGUGCUCCUGAUGUUGGCACUUGUGCUUCUGAUGCGGCUACUUCAGCUCCCGAUGCUGCUCCCAUCCGAGCUGCCUCUCCUGCUGCUGCUGUUCCUCCACGCGCUGUCAGUGCAGCUCCCGGUGAAUGCCUGGACGGCCAUCACUGCCAUGGGGAGGGUAAAGCGGGUGGGGAGGGUAAAGCGGGUGGGGAGGGAAAAGCGGGUGGGGAGGGUAAAGCGGGUGGGGAGGGUAAAGCGGGUGGGGAGGGAAAAGCGGGUGGGGAAGGUGAAGCAGGUGGGGAGGGUGAAGAGGGUGGGGAGGACGGGGAGUGUGGUGAGAGGGGUGGUGGGGCAGGUGCUGGCGAUGGUGGAGAGGGGAGUGCAGAGUUGGUGGAUGGUGGGCGACAGCAUGGCAGCGGGGGCGAUGCAGUGGGGCCAUGUGGCAGUGGGCUGCGUUGUGCUGGGGCAGGCUGUGCAGGGGGGCAUGCAGCGGCACGCAUGGGUGGCGAUGGGUGCAGCGAGUCAGGUGGGCCUGCCUCCCUGCCGCCUCCUCCAUGUGUCGCUCAUUCUGCUCCCCCUGCCACGCCUGCCACCCCGCCUCCCAUGCUGCUGCCUGUGCCGCCAACCGGCCCCCAUCCACAGAAGGCAAGUCCCCCUCUCCUUCCUCCCACAUCGUCUCCUCAGCUCUCCCCCUCACCACAGCAGCAGCAGCGGGCGGGCAGCAGCCCAGUGGCGCUGAGGCCGUCGUUCCCGUCGCCCUCCUCAGUGGCCAAGCGAGCAGCCGUCACGUACCGCCGCGCUGACGUCACUCUGCGCCGCGCUGAUGUCACGCUGGGCGAGGAGGGGUGCGGCUUCAGCCUGCUGCCCUCGCCGCACUUCCCUCUGCGCGCUGCCUCUGUCACGCAUGAGCCUGCUGACAUCACUCUCCCGCAUGCUGAGGGGUGUGGUGAUGUGUGGAGCAUGGGGGAAAGGGCGAAGGAGAGUGAGGAGUGCAGCAGGGAAGUAAUGGGCUUGGCGCUGUCUGCAGCAGUUGAGGCGGAUGGGGCGGUGGAGGGGCAUGGCAGCAUGGGUGCACAUGAGCACAUGGCUGGUGGCGGCAGCUGCCAGGAGAACGCUGAUGCGGUGGGCGUGCAAGUGGACGGGGAGCAGUGGGGUGGAGGGCAGUGGGGCAGUGCAUGUGGAGGAGAGGCGGUGCAGGCAGCAAGUGAAUCAGGUGGAGAUGAGAGUAGCGGGGAGGGGCGAGGCAGGCAAAGACUCAGGGAGGUGCGAUGUGGGGGGAAGCUGGGUGUGCACAAAACAGUCGAGGGGGGUGAGGGGAGAGGCAGUGGGUUGGAGGAGAGUGCGAGUGUGAUGCAUGUGGAGGGAGGCUCACACACGCGCCGGCAGCAGGUGGGGGAGGACAGGGCGGCUGCCACAUGUUACACUGGGGUGGGGGAGAGGGGCGCAGCAGACGGGUGUGAAGGAGGCGAGGGUGGUAUAGAGGGGGCAGUGAGCAGUGGGGUGGAGUGUGCAGCAGCAGGGCAUGUGGGGAGAGGAGGUGUGGAUGAGGUGUGCAAGGCAGGGAGAGCAGUGUGCGCUGCAGGAAGACCCUGCGAAGGAGUUGAGGCGGCUUGCGAGGAUGGUUCAGGGUCAGCAGGUGUGAGGGCGGCUGGCCAUGCGGGGCAGGGCGAGGGCGGUGAGAAGGGUGGGGCAGCUGUGAUGGUGGCGGGGCUGUUGCCACCCCUGCCUGCCCCCGAGGCCCUUUCGCGUGAGCGGUGGGGGGGCUGUGGAGCACAGGGGUGGAAGGAAGCUCCCGCAGCGGUGGUGCAGGGGCAGGCCCAUUCAGGGGAGGUUGGGACAAGAGCGGGCAUGGGUGGCACGGAGGAGGGUGAGAGGCACAGCACAGUCGGCAGUUGA